AUGAGGAUUUAUGCGAUUCUCCUUGUGGUUACCUUGUUUUCGUCCGCGUUUUCCGACGAAACUCCCGGCUCGUACCUGUUGCCGAGGCCGUUGAUCAUCGAGUACCCGUCAGAAAUCGAGACCACCCGGCACAAGAAAUCCGAUGACGAACAAGUCAAUUUGCAUUGCACGAGCUGGAGAUUCGCGGCGGAGACUAAUAAUCUCUCCCCGUGGCAGACGAUUCCGGCGGAGUGCGCCGAAUACGUCAAGGAUUACGUCAUCGGUAAAGGUUACACCACCGAUCUGGAGAGAGUCUCUGAAGAGGCUUCAAUCUUCGCGAGCAGCGUCGAAUUCUCCGGCGAUGGCAAAGAUAUUUGGAUUUUCGAUAUCGAUGAGACUCUCUUGUCGAACCUCCCCUAUUACAUCGACCAUGGCUUUGGGCUUGAGCUUUUUGAUCACUCAGAGUUCGAUAAGUGGGUAGAGAGAGGAGUAGCACCAGCGAUAACACCAAGCUUGAAGCUUUACCAAAGAGUGGUGGAUUUGGGAUACAAAGUCAUCUUGCUUACGGGGAGGAAAGAGAGCCACAGGCUUGUCACUGUUGAAAACCUCAUCAAUGCUGGUUUCCAGAAUUGGGACAAGCUUAUUCUCAGAUCUCUGGAUGAACAGCACAAAAUGGCGACGGCAUACAAAUCUGAGAAGAGGGAUGAGAUGGUGAAAGAGGGAUAUAGGAUUAGAGGAAACUCAGGUGAUCAAUGGAGUGAUUUGUUGGGUUCGUCCAUGUCUCAACGAUCUUUCAAACUUGCGAAUCCAAUGUAUUAUAUCCCCUGA